UUGACAACAAUUGAAGUUCGAGCGCCAAAGAAAGAGCCCUUCAGUUUUGUUACAAAUUUUCACAAAAAUUGUUAAAACCGGCGAAGAUGAUGUUUUUCUUGUACAAUUUCUUUGUUGCACUGUUUUUAAAUGAGUGCAAUGGUGCUCCGGGGGGAAUAUUUGGUGGCGGAGGAUCCGGAAAGAGAUCUUUAAAAGAAUUUAACGUUGACGAUUUCAAGUACUCCGGCGACCCAGUUACAUUUGCUUGCGUAACCAUGGAAGACCAACAUGGAUUUGAUUUUUUCAAAAGUGAGAAUGGUAGUAUGCCGACAAAUCUAACAGAACAAUUGGAUAAUGGACGAAGUUUAUCAUUAUUUUUUCAUGGCGUUGGCAAUAUAGUCAGUUUCAAAUAUGGACUUUUGUUUGGAUUUGCACAAGAAUGGUUUUCUGAAUCCGAAAACAAUAUUUGUGUCGUGUCGUACGCUUACACAACGAAGCUAUCGAUCGGAUUACAAUUUAUUAGCAAUUUAAAUAAAAUGGUGACAACGAAACGUCUUGAAUUUGUGGCAAGGCUGGCACGUGACGUGGUAUUAGGAGUACGACAAAAAUGUUUAGCAACCCCUGAGAGGCAAUGUCUUCGACAUUUAUCACAGGUUGAUGUAAGUGGUUUUAGUUUUGGUGCUCAUGUUGCUGGACGAACUUGUGAGUACUUGGAAGAUAAGACUGGCGAAAAAGUCCGCAUGUUACUAGCUUUGGACCCGUCAAAAACCCCGCUUUUCAUGAGGAAACCUUCCAAGACCAUCAAAAAAGGACACGCCGACUAUGUUCAAGUCAUUCACACGUCAAUUGUUGGCAUUUCUGAUCCAAUCGGUGACACCGAUAUCUUUGUAAAGUAUACGGCCGAAUCAUUGUCGGAAACAUUCAAUGAUAAACAUUCGUUGGCUUUUUAUAUACAUGUUGCAACCGCAACCAAGCGACUUUAUUUAUUGGGCGAAGAAAAUGGAAAUGGUACAUUGGUAAGGAGGGGAAGAAAUGCUGAAUAUCCAGAACCAAAAUCAAAUGAAUGUCUUGUCGGGAUUUAUGGGAAACGAAUUGAAGGAAAUGUGGGAAGAGAAUUUGUUGUUUCUUUGAAAAAUCGUACCGAUCUUUUUCAACAAUCACUUGAUCGUUAUCACAACCAUUGGAUCUUUUUUGAACGAUAAAAGUAUAUGCGGUCGAUGCAAUGGAAUAAAAUUCAAUAAAGAAUUUGCAACUGUCAAUAUUCACGAUAUUUUUUAAUAUUUAUUGUGUGCUACCAUCACUAGUUUGAAUAAAUAAAUAAAGAGUCUUACGGGAGUAAGACGAACUUUUCCGCACUGUG